AGACGGUUGUCUAAACAUUGUGUGGCAAAGCAGGGUACUUUAUAUUUAAUUAAAAAGAAAAUACUCUAGGUUACAGAUAUCCUUCAAAGUGGUGAAAAUACUGCAUUAAAGAGCGUCUGUUGAAUUGUUAAACCAGAAGAUGAAGUUGGUCUUGUAUGGUUUGGUUAUUAGUUGCCUAACAGUUACUCUCGGCCAUUCAUCCGGAGUAACAUCUUCGUUAAAUCGGUAUGACACAAGUCCUACUACCGUUGUAUCUAACUCAGCAAGUGUAAACAUCCAGCUGUCUGGCUCAACAGCCCAUUUGACCACUCCUAUCGAAAGUGCACCUACCAAUCCUCCUAAAAGUACAUUAUCUACAACAGCUGCAAGUGUCAGUUUAAAAACAGGUACCAGCACAUAUUUUACAACUAAAUACACCAAUACAACACCUGCGAAUAAUAACGCAACGUUUAGUGCGAAGUCGGAUUCGUUUGGCAUGAUCAACCCCACCCAUUCAGUUGUUCCAACAACCACUAAGCCAAGACUCAUUCCUAAUUAUACCGUAUCUUUUUCAACAAAUGUUUCCCUCUCGGCAUCAAAAACUCUGCCAGUUUUGUCUAGUAUUGCAAACUUCACGCUAACAAUGACAGUACCAUCAUCUAUGUUAAACACUAACACGAUGUCGAAAGAAACUUCCCCUGUAUCCACCAUCACCACGGGACCCAGUUUAUCAGUCCUGCCAACUGAUAUGACAACAGCAGCAAUUGUUAAUACAAGUAUGUCAAAUAUGUUUCCAAGAAAUAACACCACGUUGACAGACAAAGGGACAGGUUCAUUGUCUGCGAUGGACAUGUCUUUCUCAUCAACACUUGGUCAGAAUACUUCCAUGCAAUCCACUAUGGCUCUGGGCAAAACUACAUCAGCAGCAUUACGAGCAACUAAAUCACCGACUACAGCAAACCUUAAAGCAUCGCAAUCCUUUUUGGCAAUUAGCAAAACCGCAUCACAAACAUUAAAUUUGACCAAGUCUUCGAUAAAAAUGAGCGCAAAAACAUUACAAUCGAGCAUAGCCACGUCAGAAAUACUAAGUACGACCAAAUCACCAAAUGAAGUUGAUGAAACAGCAUCACCAUCAUUUAUGAGAAUGAGCAAAACCUCCUUACAAACAUUUAAUGUGACUAAGUCAUCGAUGAAAGCGAGUGCGGAAGCAUCACAAUCGAGCAUUACCACGUCAGAAAUAUUAAGUACGACUACAUCACCAUCAUUUAUGAGAAUGAGCAAAACCCCCACACAAACAUUUAAUGUGACUAAGUCAUCGAUGAAAGCGAGUGCGGAAGCAUCACAAUCGAGCAUCACCACGUCAGAAAUAUUAAGUACGACCAAAUCACCAAAUGAAGUUAAUGAAACAGCAUCACCAUCAUUUAUGAGAAUGAGUAAAACCUCCUUACAAACAUUUAAUGUGACUAAGUCAUCGAUGAAAGCGAGUGCGGAAGCAUCACAAUCGAGCAUUACCACGUCAGAAAUAUUAAGUAGGACCAAAUCACCAAAUGAAGUUAGUGAAACAGCAUCACCAUCAUUUAUGAGAAUGAGCAAAACCUCCACACAAACAUUUAAUGUGACUAAGUCAUCGAUGAAAGCGAGUGCGGAAGCAUCACAAUCGAGCAUUAUCACGUCAGAAAUAUUAAGUACGACCAAAUCACCAAAUGAAGUUAAUGAAACAGCAUCACCAUCAUUUAUGAGAAUGAGUAAAACCUCCUUACAAACAUUUAAUGUGACUAAGUCAUCGAUGAAAGCGAGUGCGGAAGCAUCACAAUCGAGCAUUACCACGUCAGAAAUAUUAAGUAGGACCAAAUCACCAAAUGAAGUUAGUGAAACAGCAUCACCAUCAUUUAUGAGAAUGAGCAAAACCUCCACAAAAACAUUUAAUGUGACUAAGUCAUCGAUGAAAGCGAGUGCGGAAGCAUCACAAUCGAGCAUUACCACGUCAGAAAUAUUAAGUACGACCAAAUCACUAAAUGAAGUUAAUGAAACAGCAUCACCAUCAUUUAUGAGAAUGAGCAAAACCCCCUUACAAACAUUUAAUGUGACUAAUUCAUCGAGAAAAGCGAGUGCGGAAGCAUCACAAUCGAGCAUUACCACGUCAGAAAUAUUAAGUGCGACCAAAUCACCAAAUGAAGUUAAUGAAACAGCAUCACCAUCAUUUAUGAGAAUGAGCAAAACCUACUUACAAACAUUUAAUGUGACUAAUUCAUCGAGGAAAGCGAGUGCGGAAGCAUCACAAUCGAGCAUUACCACGUCAGAAAUAUUAAGUGCGACCAAAUCACCAAAUGAAGUUAAUGAAACAGCAUCACCAUCAUUUAUGAGAAUGAGUAAAACCCCCUUACAAACAUUUAAUGUGACUAAGUCAUCGAUGAAAGUGAGUGCGGAAGCAUCACAAUCGAGCAUUAUCACGUCAGAAAUAUUAAGUACGACCAAAUCACCAAAUGAAGUUAAUGAAACAGCAUCACCAUCAUUUAUGAGAAUGAGUAAAACCCCCACACAAACAUUUAAUGUGACUAAGUCAUCGAUGAAAGCGAGUGCGGAAGCAUCGAUGAUAACCACGACACAAAUACACAAUACGAGAAAAUCACCAGAAUCAAAUGUAAGUACAAGCAAAUCCACAACACUAACAUUUAAUGUGAUUAAAUCAAUGAGCGAUACAGUGAGUACAACGAGUAAAGUUGUUUCUACAAGUGCUUAUAUUACAUCAACUCUGGUUGUGAAAGCUAGCAUAUCAGCAGAAGCACUAUCGACACCAAAGAAAAUCACAUCGUCUGUUACGACUACACCCCCUACAACCUCAUCAAUGUUACCCGGGGCCACUAGUUUCUCGUUCACAGCCAGGAAUAAUUUGCUAUCUACUACCAUUCUGACGACCAGCUUGACAGUAACACAUGUGUCGUCAUCAUUAUUAAACCUGGACACCCAAAAGAUCCAUUUCUCGUCCCCUUAUGUUACCUCGAUGGCAUAUUCCUUAAGUUCUCAAGUAUCGACGCCUUCCCCUUCUUCGCAUGAAGUGGUCUUAGUUCGCCUUACUAUACAUGGAAAUUGCAACCAAGCACUUGUCCAGUCAACCGAAUUUAAAAUAGCAGUUAAACAAUCUUGCGGCAAAGUCCUGAAAAUUUCAGAUUCUAAAAUAAACAUUUCCAACAUCAAUUGUGGUUCCAUUCUUGUGGAUGUGGAAAUAAAAAACGAGAAGGAUAAAAACGUAACUCAGUUAUUGACUGAUGCUGUCAAAGACGAGAAACUAAAUUUUAACGUAAGUGGAACAAGAUUUGUAGUAACCUCAGUGAAAGAAUUACCACGAUCAACACCACCAUUGCCGACGACAGGUCCGACUAGUAAGGGUGGCGAUGGCGAUGACAAUACUGCAUUAAUAAUAUACAUUGUAUUUGGUUCCGUCCUGGGACUGGCAUUCCUAAUAGGGAUUAUAGCAUUAAUCGUGCGUUGUCGUCAUGAGCGAUCAACUGGUAUGUUUCAUCUCCCAAGCGAAGAGAACCUAGAGCUUAGUGGGUUUUCCAGUGGUGGUAAAUCUCGUCAUGGUGGAAAUUUUUACGGAGAGCUACAACCUCAGCCAGAGGAGCACCACCGGAUUCGCGGUAUCCCUAAUGAAUCUGGUACCCUUACCGACGAUAUUGUAGAGAAUUCCACAGAAAAUAGCGGAGGUUUUGCGGGCAGUUUUCUUCCUGAAUGGCAUAACUUGCCAACAAUGGAGAUGUCAGAUGUUAGUCAUGAAGAUACCAGUAACGAAAAGGACACGGUCCUCGUAACAUAUGGGAAAACAGGUGGUAGGGACAAUAAUGAUUCAGGUAAAAACAACCCGGUAGUGUUUUAUGAAAAUAUUGGUACAGUAUGAUUAAUGAAAACACAGCUGUUGCAUACUGUGUAUAAUUUACAACUAAAGUCCAAGGCAACUAGAGAUCGUUGUUGCCUGCCAAACCUUAGUUUAGUGCAACAAUAUUUUUCUAAUGGUAUGGUAUAGAUGGUUGACUGUUAGAAUAAAGAAAAGGUUUUCAGUCAUGCUGAACAUGCAAAUAUUUAAAGGCAAGGGUCGAUUCAUUCUUACCAUUUCAAAAGCAAAGUAAAUGAAUAUGUUUUGUUAAAAUUAAUCUUAAAUGCGGGAGUUCAUGAAGGAAUAGGCCACUCAUGUUUACGGCGUUACAAGCAACAGAGCAAAGGUCCACACGUUGAAUUAGAAUUUUCAAUCACUAUGAUUAUACUCAACCAUUUAGAUUAUAUCGGAUGAUAAGAAGUUUUAGAUGAUAACGAUGUUUCGUGUAAUGCCACCAGUUUGUUACACUUUUGCCUGUAUUCCAAAAGCUCAUCAAUCACACUCAAACUCAUUGAGUGCACGAGAGAUCCCAAUCUCGUCCUAACGAUUCUAUGACGGUAUUUCAAUUCAGCUUGAUUUUAGUUCUUAACCCUAAAUCAUUCCAUUGAUUAAGAAUUGACUUUGACAUUGAUCAGUAAUAACAAAAUUUCUAUGUUACAUUCAAUGAGUUCUAGACGUCGGAGUUUGUGAACUAGGCUUCUUUUAUCCAUAGCCUCAUUGGCCCUUAAGUUAAUUUCACACAGAAAUGUCAAAUCGUGAUGGUUCUAUCUAUGGCUUGCGAGAGAACAUAAUGCGCAUGCAUGUAAUCAAUCAAACUAUAUAUAGGAUUAACAAUAAUGGUAACCUAGCUCUAUAGUUAGAGAAUCGAUAUUUAAUGAACUAUUUAUAAUAAUAAAUCAUAAAAUAAUGAUGAACUCUCAAGUUAGAUAAUUGAUAUUUUGUACCUAAUAAA